CUCUCUCUCUCUCUCUCUCCCUCAGUCCAUUUCUAUUUCCGCCUCCCCUUCCGCUCCUCCCUCUCCGUCAUACAGGACCUCUAUCCCAUGGAUGAGGAGGAUUUCUCUCGCUUUGACCCCGAGGGGAGGGUUGUCCUGCCGGACGAGCUGUACGAGCGUGCCCUGGCCCGGGUGAUUGAGCGCGACUUCUUCCCCGCCCUAGCUCGGGAGCGCGCCGCGCAGGAGCGCCUCGCGCGUCUUCACCGGACCGAUACCACCCGGAAUGCGGCCCAAGUCCGAGCCACCCCCACGCCGACCACCCUGCAGCAUGUCUCGAUUGCCCCGCUAUCCGUGCGCUCCGGCAUCCUUGCUCCGGGCAUUGACGAGGAGGACGACUUGCCGACCGAGGUCAAUGUGGCCGGCCUAUCGCUCGAUACAUUUGCCGCGAUGUAUGUGUCCGAAGAUAGCGCCUACGAUGCGGGCGUGGCUCGACGGCUGACCGUCCGUCGAGCUGCCGACCUGGCCCAGCGUUUCGGCCUCGAUGCACCAACCCUCGAGCAGCACAUGCUGGAAGCAUCUUCCUUGACGGGCCGGCGUGAGCGUUUGCCCCUCCUCGAGGCGCCCAAGGACCCCGAGCGAGAAGGCUCGCUCGGUUCAGCGAUCAUGUUCCAGCCGCGUGCAUUGCCGCCCCCCGAGCAGCUCAGUGCCACUGCCCCCGGUGUGCCGGUUAUUCACCAUGACAAUGUCCGGUUUGCUCGACCUCUUCCACCGGCUCAGCCGUCCGGCGCUGGUAAGUCCGGCGCUGGUAAGUCCGAGCCCUCCCCCUCCUCCUCCUCCUCUCCGUCGGUGGUCCUGCCUUUGCAGGGGGCAGAUCCAUUUUCCGAGCCACCAAGCGGGGCCGCACUCAGGUUCGAUCCAUCCGGCAAGCAGCUUGGCGUGGCCACGGUUGGCCAGGUGAAUGGCCACGCACUUAUUGAGCGCACCCCCCGGUUGUCCCCUUCCCGGCACUUUGAGCCGAUCAUGACCUGGGGUGUGGUCGCGUCCACACCUUUGGCCCUGUCGGAGGACACCACCGGCGCCGGGGGCCCCGGUGACAUGUGGGACGCCGGGGCCGCGGCCACCCGCGACCAGUCCUACGUCCAUCGGCUGCCGGAGGCCGAUCCCAUGGAUCGCGUGGCCCGGGAGCUUUGGCGCAAGAUGCGGGCCUCCUCCUCCUCCUCCUCGGGCGGAGGCGGCUCGACGGCCGGCUCCGGCGCUGGCAGCCGGACCCCGGUUCACUUGACUCCCACUUCCCUGCGCACGCCGUCCACCCCCUUGCACCUCAUGUCCCCGGCGGCGCGGGCCCUUCAGCGGCAGGCCCAGCGCUCUGGCUUCACCCCCUUGUCUACUCCCUCCGGCCGGUCGGGCUAUCGACCAGCCUCCUUCAGUCCAUCCCCUGUGGCCGGGGGAUCAGCCGCCCCGGCGGCCCAUGUUAGUCGGCGCUCAUUGUCGCAGGCCUUCCGGACGCCGAUCGCGCGGCCUCCAGGCCCAAGCCGGGGGUCGCGUCCGGCCACCACUCGCGCACCCACGCAUCCCCCGCCCCCCGAGCAGUGAGACCCCGUGCCUUUGUUUGUCGUUGCUGCCCUCUGUCUGCCGCCCAGUAUACACACAUACACAUGUCUGUC